AUGAUGUAUUCAUCGAUCUACAGCAGCGGAGCUAUCUACAUCGAGGAGAUCGAGCAGCGGUGUCUUCUUGUCCAGUUCGGCGGUGCAGCGGGUACGAUCGCUGUAUUUGGUGCAGAUGAUACAGGGCUCCGGGUUCGUAAGCAGCUUGCCGCUGAGCUUGGGCUAAAGAAUCCUGAUAUCACUUGGCAUGUUGCGCGGGACAACAUAGUGGAGAUCCUCAACUUCCUGGCUCUGUCUACGAUGCCCCGGAAGCGUAAUCCUAUCUCCAGUGAGGUGGUCUGGUUGCGUGCCAAUGCGUCUCUCGGAUUAGAUAGAAUGGUUAUCUUUGAGCGUGCAUCUGGACCGUGGUAUUUGGAAUGGGUGGCUAUUCCCGAUGUUUUCGUGACUGCGGUGGGCGCUUUGCACCAGACGAAUUUCGCCCUCGGGGGAUUGGUGGUUAAGGUUGACUCGAUGAAACGCAAUCUGUAUUCCACCAAGGGGUUGAUUGUCGGUGAUGCUGUGAUUAUGGGACUGGCACCGCAUUUGGGACGACAAGGCGCUCAUGAUCUCGUUUAUGAGGCUUGUAAGUCUGCCCUCGACCGAAAUCGGAGUCUGCUUGAGGUUCUUGAGGAGAUUCCUUCUUUGGCUGGAGUUGCGACGCUGGAAGAGCUAGCUGCUGUCUGCGAUCCGCUGAAAUAUAUGGGAUUAAAAAAAAUAAAGACUUGUAUCAAAUUGUCCAUUUAG